ACCGCUUCUGCCUCGCGCAGUUGGAGGAUCCAGCGCACCAAGGGACGCGGCUGCGCUGGGACACGGCGGACCUCGAGCGACGCAUCAACAGCGCGUUCGCAAGCGGCGAUUGCGCCCUCGUCGACGGGUGUGUCAUGCGAUGCUCUUAACACCACGAAUCCGAUACGUACUAGCUAUGCGCCGUUCUGCAAGCACCUCUUUGUGCCCAACUUUACGGACGCGCUUGUGAGCACAGCCGCCAUCACGGAGGCCAACAAGACCCACUUGCGCAGUGCGUACGUGGCGCGCGCUGAGCACGAGCUGCCCGUGCUAGUGCGGUGGUUCCCUGCGGACGUUGUGGCGCCGACGGUCGCGACCUACCUGGAUGUGAUUCUCUACAGCCGGGACCAAAUCGAGUAUUUUUCAACUUAUAUUCAUAAUGACAUUCGCUUCAACCUUCCAUUCGCUGCGUUGUACCUCGCCAUGGCCGACGUCAUGGAAACGGCCUCCGAUCGACGCCUCGAGGUGGCCAACAUGGCCAAGACGGCGCCGAUUCUCACGCCACACGCCACGGCCCUCCUCAAGGAGCAGAAGGACAAGGCAGAGGCGUACUCAGUGCGCGUAUCCACCGCAUCGUUGCUCGUCGUCUACAUCCCGGCCUUUGGAACCGAAGGUCAUGAGGUCGAUGUCGAUGCUCGUACCUGCUCGUGUGGGUACGUCGAGCAAAUGCACCUGCCGUGUCGCCACCUCAUCCGCGCCCUCAAGCACGUCGGCAAGCUCGACACUGUCGAGAUGUGCAUCCAUCCGAUGUACAAGUUCGAGAACUACAAGCGUGCAGUUGACGCGGUCGCGUAUCGACUGCCCAUCUUCGGGCACCGAUGCCCGGAGCCCAGCGUCACGGUACUUCCUCCUCUCGUGACCAAGUCCAGCGGCAAGCCUCGUACCAACCGCAUCGCGAGUGCGGGUGAAUCCGGGUCCAAGGACAACACGUAUCAACAUCGACCCAGCUCGACGAAAAAGAAGUACAAGUGCAGCGCAUGCGGCGCCACCGACCACAACGCGAAGACCUGCGCCAAGAAGGGACGCAAGCUCGUGGCCUCGCGCUCGGCCGGAAGCUGCCUAUGGAAGGACAUCCCGGCUGCCUGCGACCGUAUCCUAAUCAUGGACCUCCUUAACCCGGACAGCGACAGCGACAGCGACCUCGAUUCCGGUGACGACGACGACCGCGACGUCGAUGAGUUCGGAUUCGACGCAAACGGUCGUGGGGUCGCUCAAGUCGUGGGCCAAGCGAGCAAUGUCUUUAGACUCUAA